AUGAGCCACUCUGCCACGCCCCCUAAGACAGACGAGAAAAAAUCAUCAGAUACCGAAUCCAACGAGUCGCCAUCUCUCAACAAAAAAAAGAAACCGGUGCCUGGCAAAGGCUUCAAUAAGUCGCGACGAGGUUGCUACAACUGCAAGCGACGCAGAGUCAAAUGUUCUGAGGCGAAACCAGAAUGUCGCGGCUGCAAUCGCAUGGGGUUGAUUUGCGUUUACCCGGAGAGCCCUCUACCCACACUCAAAAGAUCACACAGCACCGCAUCCUCAAUUCUAAAGCCACGCAUUAAUCUCGACCACUUGCGAUUUUACAGCCAUUUCCUGCUCAAGGCUUACCCUCCUGUGCCACAUGGUGCAGAACCAGUCUGGCACAAUGUUGCCGCCAUGUCUCACGAGUACGAGUUCCUUGCCAAUGCCAUACUGGGCCUCUCCGCUCAACAUCUCACGUUAUUCCACGGCGCAGAUUACUCCAUACAGGCGCUGGAUCUGCGAAUCGCCGCUAUCAAUGGCCUCAACGAAGCCUUGUCACAGCCAUGUCUGACAGCCACUGACGCCGAUGCUCGAUACGCGGCCAUCAUAGCAUUGACUUAUCAAUCUGGCUACAUGCCAGAUGCAAUGAUAGAAUUCAUAACCAUGCUGCGAGGAUGGAUGUUUAUCCAGACGAAACUGGUUCCUGACCUUGAAAUGUCCAUAUUUCGUAACUUUACAAGGGAGGCAUUUGUGGGUAGUAUGAAGCAACACGUCGCCCUGCAACUUACCGAAAAGAGCGCAAUUGCGCUAGAUGACUAUCUUGCCUCUCUCAAAGUUGUUCGGACGUUGUGCCAGGGGACUGCAGAGAUCAAAUAUCUCUCUGCACUCGAGAGACUGGGUCGCUUGGCAAAGCAGUCUCCCAUUGAAGAGAUGGUGCCUUGCUACGCCUUGACAAAUAAAAUGACGGAAGAAGAGUUCAAGGCAUUUACAGAGCCAUCUAACGGUUGCGCUCGUGUUUUGCUGUCGCAUUUCCUCAUGUUGAAUUAUGCUCUGGAGCAGCACUUUCUUAGUCCCGCGCCAAAACAUUUUGCAUUUUGCAAGCAGAUCAGUACUGCAUGGGUUAUCAGGGUAGCUGCAAAUCUACCUUCCAAGUUUCAGCAGCAUAUAAUGUGGCCACUGGGCAUAGCAACUGGUUUGAUAAAAACGUAA